CGUUGCACGGCCCGGUGGCCCCGCCCCUGGCGCGCGACCGCCCCCCACAUGCCACGUGCUCGUCCAGGGGCGGCGCCAGGCGCACGCGGAGAAGAUGUUCUGGCUGCCUCUUCCGGCUGCCGGGCGAGUCGUCGUCCGACGUCUAGGCGUGAGGCGUCUCUCCGUCCGGGGUCUAGCCGCUGCAGACAUGACGAAGGGCCUUGUCCUAGGAGUCUAUGCCAAAGACAAAGAAGAUGAUGUGCCACAGUUUACAAGUGCAGGAGAGAAUUUCAAUAAAUUGGUGGAUGGAAAGUUGAGAGAUAUUUUGAACAUAUCUGGACCACCUCUGAAAACAGGCAAAACUCGAACCUUUUAUGGUCUGCAUCAGGACUUCCCCAGCGUGGUGGUGGUUGGCCUCGGCAAGAGGGCAGCAGGGGUGGAUGAGCAGGAGAACUGGCACGAAGGCAAGGAAAACAUCAGAGCUGCCAUCGCAGCGGGCUGCAGGCAGGUUCAAGACCUGGAGCUGUCCUCUGUAGAGGUGGAUCCCUGUGGAGAUGCCCAGGCUGCUGCGGAAGGCGCAGUGCUGGGUCUCUAUGAGUACGAUGAGCUGAAGCAACGAAAGAAGACAGGGGUGUCAGCGAAACUCUAUGGAAGUGGAGAUCAGGAGGCCUGGCAGAGAGGAGUCCUCUUCGCCUCAGGGCAGAACUUGGCGCGCCAGCUGAUGGAGAGUCCAGCCAAUGAGAUGACUCCGACCAGGUUUGCCGAAAUUAUUGAGAAGCGUCUCAGAAGUGCUAGCAGUAAAACAGAGGUCCAUAUCAGACCCAAGUCUUGGAUUGAGGAGCAGGAGAUGGGCUCGUUCCUGAGUGUAGCCAAAGGGUCUGAUGAGCCUCCAGUUUUCUUGGAAAUCCACUACAGAGGCAGCCCCGAUGCAAGUGAAGCACCCCUGGUGUUUGUUGGAAAGGGAAUUACCUUUGACAGUGGUGGCAUCUCCAUCAAGGCUUCUGCAAAUAUGGACCUCAUGAGGGCUGACAUGGGGGGAGCUGCAACAAUAUGUUCGGCCAUUGUGUCUGCUGCAAAGCUCAAUUUGCCCAUGAAUAUCGUGGGUUUGGCCCCACUCUGUGAAAAUAUGCCCAGUGGCAAAGCCAACAAGCCUGGAGAUGUGGUUAGAGCCCGGAAUGGGAAGACCAUCCAGGUGGAUAACACUGAUGCCGAGGGGAGGCUCAUCCUCGCUGAUGCCCUGUGUUACGCACAUACCUUUAACCCAAAGGUCAUCAUCAAUGCUGCCACCUUAACAGGGGCCAUGGAUGUAGCCCUGGGCUCAGGUGCCACUGGGGUGUUUACCAAUUCAUCCUGGCUGUGGAACAGACUGUUUGAGGCCAGCAUUGAAACUGGGGACCGUGUCUGGAGGAUGCCUCUCUUUGAACAUUACACAAGACAAAUUGUAGAUUGCCAACUUGCUGAUAUUAAUAAUAUUGGAAAAUAUAGAUCUGCAGGGGCGUGCACAGCGGCGGCGUUCCUGAGGGAAUUUGUGACUCACCCGAAGUGGGCUCAUUUAGACAUCGCAGGGGUGAUGACCAACAAGGACGAGGUUCCGUACCUGAGGAAAGGCAUGACCGGGAGGCCCACCAGGACACUGAUCGAGUUCCUGCUUCGCUUCAGUCAAGACAGCGCCUAGUGCAGACACUUGGCAACUGCUUCGUCUGUCCACAGCGGGCAGUUACACUUCGGAUAGUUUUGAAUGGAUAAAAGUCUUUUAAGGCAACAGGAUGACAUUUUAAAAGGUAGAAUAAAAGGAAAAUUUGUAUGCCUUGAUUUGUUUUUUAUUUUAUGCAAAGAUUUAUAAAGGUAAAGCUAAUGUUGUUUGGCAAGCUUUUUAAGAUACUCAGUGUAUAACAUUUUAAAACUUCCUGAUCACUUUCCAGAGUGUAUACAUUUAAUUGAAAGGAAAAAUUGAUUCUCAGAUCUGUGGUGCUAGGAACCUCAGCAAAUUAACAGUUACUGUGAUUGUCAGAAAUAAUAAAGCCAACUUUUUGUGCUGUC